CGAGCCACCCAACGGUCUACAGUUACCAAACAAAAACCACAUUUCUUCAAAUGUAACACGUUCUUCAAUAAAGUUAAAACAAAACUGAUAAUCAAAUCAAAAUGCUUGCUUUUUGCCGCUACACCACACCAUACAUCAUCUUCUCUCUUCACAUUAUUAUUCUAGGGUUCUAAACCAAGAUUAUUCACAGAUACCAACACUCUGUUCUGCACAAAUUUUGCUCACAUUAUACCAGCACUCUGUUCUGCACAAAUCUUGCUCACAUUACCAUUAAAGUUGAAAUCUUUGGGCAUAGUGUGACGAUGGGGAAUUCAGAAUUCAAAAUUUAUAUGGUUGCUGUUGUGGGUUUACUGUCGGUUUCAAGCAUACCGAAUUGUUUCGGGUUUACUGAUCCUAGUGAUGUUAUAGCAAUAAAUAGUCUAUACGCGGCCCUCGGCUUCCCUCCUCUUCUGGGAUGGAUACUCGCAGGAGGAGAUCCGUGUUCAGAAGGUUGGCAAGGCGUCCAAUGCGUGAAUUCCAACAUAAGCGGAAUAGUCCUUAACAAUGCUAGCUUGGGAGGUGAACUCAGUGAGAAUUUGGGAGCUUUCGCUUCAAUAAUACAAAUAGAUUUGAGCAAUAACCACAUAGGAGGCAGUAUCCCGACAUAUUUGCCACCUACAUUGAAGACCUUAUUUCUCUCUGGGAACGAACUUACGGGAAGCAUACCCGAAUCAUUGUCUGUGUUAGCUCAAUUGACAGACUUGUCUUUGAACAACAAUCAUCUACGCGGUGUCAUUCCGGAUUCCUUUCAACAACUUACGGCCUUGACUAAUUUGGAUCUGUCUGCUAAUAAUCUAAGUGGUCCUUUACCUCUUUCCAUGGCGAACUUGUCAUCAAUUUCUACGUUGCACUUAAAUGAUAACUAUCUUACCGGUGUACUAGACGUGUUGCAAGAUCUUCCCCUUAUUGAUUUGGACAUUGAGAAUAAUCUUUUCUCCGGGCCAAUACCCCCAAAACUGUUGAGCAUUCCAAAUUUCAGAAGCAAAGGAAACCCAUUUAAUACAACCGUUAUUUCUUCACCACCAGCCUUGUCUCCAUUCCCAUUAACAUUCGAGUCACAACCGCCAAGCGUUGACGCAUUUGGACCGUCUUCUUCUGAGCUUCCGUACCCUUCCAAGUCUCGGUUGAGUAAAACCGUCGUGUGGGUUGCCAUUGUUGGAUUCUUGAUUCUUGUGUUGCUUGCACUUGGAUUUUACAUUUUUGUGUCAAGAUGGCGCAAAGAAAAGUCAACCGUCAAAGUUGGCGAUCAUACGAAGAACUCUAUGCUAACCGUGUCUUCCUCGUAUAGAUCUCAUCGUAAAGAGAAUGAAACUCCAUCAAAUGAUGAUGAAAGAAAUGACUCAUUGCCAAGGUCCAAAGCCGGAGAGGAAAAAACGGAAAAGAUUUCCAAAAAUCCGCCACCACCGUUUCCUCCACAACUUCUUACCGGAGAAAGAACAGUUGUAAAACCGGAACCAUUUCAAACAACGGACCAAAACAUUUCAAUAGAUAUAGAUUCUCCAAGAUCUUUCUCAAUAUCAUCCCUUCAACAAUAUACAAAUAGCUUUUCUCAAGAAAACCUUAUUGGAAGAGGCAUGCUCGGCACAGUGUAUAGGGCCCAACUUCCUAACGGGAAGCUACUGGCCGUAAAGAAACUGGAGCAUGCAGAUUCGAGGCAAUGGAGUGAUGAAGAUUUCAUGAGCAUGGUGUCAAAUGUGUUGAAAUUUCAAAAUGAAAAUAUAGUUGGGCUCGUCGGUUACUGUUGUGAGCAUGGUCAAAGACUUUUUGUCUAUGAACACUGUAAAAAUGGGACAUUACAUGAAGCACUGCAUCUAGAUGAAGAUAUUCAUGAGAAACUUUCAUGGAAAGCUCGUGUAAAUAUGGCACUUCAAGCUGCAAAAGCAUUGGAGUACAUGCAUGAGGUUUGUCAACCACUCGUUGUCCACCGAAACUUCAAGUCUGCAAAUAUUCUGCUUGAUGAAGAGCUUAAUGUACGUGUUUCAGAUUGCGGUUUGGCUCCCCUAUUACCAUUGAGCCACAUUAGUCAGUUGCAAGGUUCAGGAUAUGGUGCUCCUGAAUUGGAGUCAGGAAGUUAUACUUACCAAAGUGAUGUUUAUAGCUUCGGAGUCGUUAUGUUAGAACUUCUCACCGGUCGAAAAGCACAUGACAGAUCAAGAGCUCGCGGGGAGCAAUAUUUGGUAAGAUGGGCGGUUCCCAGGCUUCAUGAUAUAGAAGCGUUGUCACGAAUGGUGGAUCCGUCUCUUGAUGCUGCUUAUUCGUCCAAGUCUUUAUCCCGCUUCGCAGAUAUUAUUUCUCUUUGCGUUCAGGCCGAACCGGAGUUUAGACCGCCAAUGUCAGAAAUCGUGCAGUAUCUCGAGCAUAUGACCAAGAUGAAGGAUUGAAGGUAGUUUACAUUGUCAAUUUGUAGAAAUGUCAAGGCAGCAGAAACAUAUUCUUUGAGUCUACUUGGUCGGGAGAUUGUCGGGCUGACAAUUUCUUCAUGGGACUUUGCUAAUCUUCUAGUGUUAAGCUUGGAUUUUUGUCAGUUUGUUGAUUACAUUUGUUUGUUUUGUGGUUGUGCAACUGCUUUUUAUGUUAUGGUAUAUUAAAUUUUUAAUUCCA